AUUAUCCUCCCUCUCUAGUCCUAGUGGCAUCAACUUCUUUUUCUCUCCCAAAACUUCCUAUAUAUAUAAACCGCAGCCAAGAUUCUGCUUCACUGGUCUCUCAGGACUGGAGCCAAAAUUCUGAUUGGUUUUUUACAUCCAAAAAAGCCGGUAUGAAGGUUGGAUCAUGUCUACCCACAUGCUUGACGAGCGAUGACUCUGCCGUUCCAUUCCCCAGAAGCCCCUCCCACUCCGACAAUCGCGGGAGCUCCACCUCAUCUUCUAACUCUUCAAGCGACACCAGCUACGGCGUCCUCCACACCAACCCCUCCCUCCAGACUCUGCCAUCUGUCCCUUCCUUGCAAUAUCUUUUCCCGGAGACCCUAGGCUUUUCCGUUUCUCAUGUCACCUUUACUUCUAUUAAUCCCCGACCGGAGCACCCCAUCACCUGCAUUGCGGUUCAGGGUAACUUCUUGUACGCUGCUUCUAUCAACGAAGUCAACGUCUACGAUCGCCAAACCUCUACUCUUCUUGAUGUAUUCAACAGCCAGCGUUCAUCCUCUGGUUCUGUCAAGUCCAUCACUUUUUGUGAUGGAAAAAUCUUCACUGCUCAUCAGGACUGUAAGAUCCGCGUUUGGCAGAUGACCAUGGCUAAGAAGCACAAGUUCUUAACAGCUUUACCUACCGUUAACGACCGUUUACGUCGUUUCAUUCUCCCCAAGAACUAUGUCAACGAACGCCGUCAUGUCAAACGGUUGUGGAUCGAACAUGCCGACGCCGUUACAGGACUUGCCGUUAAUAAAUGUCUGAUCUACUCUGUUUCUUGGGAUAAAACGUUGAAGAUAUGGCGCGCUUCUGAUAUGCGCUGUUUGCAGUCUAUUAAAGCACACGACGAUGCCAUUAACGCUGUCACCGUCUCCGGUGACGCCACCGUUUAUACAGGGUCCGCUGACAGGCGGAUCAGAGUGUGGGCAAAAAGGACAGGUGAGAAGCAGUACUCAUUAAUGGCGACCUUAGAGAAGCAUAAAUCAGCGGUUAACGCACUGGCUUUGAACGCCGACGGAUCGGUGCUGUUUUCGGGAGCAUGUGACCGUUCGAUACUGGUUUGGGAGAGGGAGGAUAGCAGCAAUUACAUGGCGGUGACGGGAGCGAUGAGAGGACAUGGGAAGGCGAUAUUGUGCUUAACCAGCGUCUCCGAUUUGCUUAUGAGUGGAUCCACUGAUCAGACGGUUAGGAUAUGGCAGCGUGGAGUGGAAGGGAAAUAUUGGUGCUUGGCAGUGUUAGAAGGUCACCUGAAGCCAGUGAAGUCAUUGACAGCGGUAAAGGAUGAGGAAGAGAGUGAUGUGAUUUGGAUUAGUAGCGGAAGCCUUGACGGGGAGAUUAGAACGUGUAAGGUGUGGCUUUCCAAACCCAGUAGCCCGUUGUCAUCCACGACGGAUAUCCUAAAAUGGACUUUGUGAAUUAAUUAAUCAAUCUUAAUUACAUCAUAAAAAUCAGUGUUUUUUCUUUGUCCUUUCUAAAAUGGUCCCGUAGGUUUCACCAA